AUGGCUCCAAGCCGCCAGGUCCUCCAGGCUUUCCCCCACCACUGUCGCCGACAACAGCAGCAGCAAUGGCUGUGGCUUCUAGCCGCCGGCCCGCCAAGGCUCCCCCCUGCCGCCGCCACCAGCACCAACGGCUCUACCAUGGAUCCCACAGAUGGUACUAGACAAGAAGAAGCAGACGGUGAACUUAGUGAGGAAGAACAUUGGUUUGGAAACUCUUCAGAAACCCCAUCAGAAGCAUCCUAUGGAGAAGUUCAGGAAAACUUCAAAUUAUCCUUUGAGGAUAGGAUCCAAGAACAAUCCACAUCUCCAGACACUUCCUUGGGGAGUGCAACUCCUAGUGGCAACAUGCUCGAGCUGGCAGCUGUUGAGAACGAGGCUAUAAGGGACGUGUUACAGAAUAAAGAACACCUGUCUCCUGGUGUGUCUUCUAUAUGUGAAGAUGACACUCCUGGUCCCAAUAAGCCACUAAGUAGUAACCUGAGACGUCUGCUGGAGGCUGGUUCUCUCAAGCUAGACACUAGUGUCCCAGUUAACGGCAGGGUUGAGUCCCCUGUAAAUCUUGGCUCAAAUAUCUCCUUUUCUUCACCUACGCACCAUGCUCAGCAGCUAAGUGUCCUUGCUAGAAAGCUUGCUGAAAAACAGGAACAAAAUGACCAAUAUGGUGGAAAUAAUAACCGCUUUAUAUGGAAUCAAGGCAAGUGGUUGCCUAGCUCAGCGCCCUCUUGCGGUUUGUCUCCAGAUUCAGCUAUUCUAAAAUUGAAAGCAGCAGCCAAUGCAGUUCUUCAGGACAAGUCCCUUUCCCGGACUGAAGAGCCUAUAAGAUUUGAAUCCUUUUCUUCACCAUUUAGUUCACAGUCUGCAAGUUCCACCUUAGCCGCAUUAUCAAAGAAAGUCAGUGAAAGAAGCAUGACUCCUGGGCAGGACCACCCACCGCCAGCUAGUUCUUUCCUUUCUCUCGCCUCAAUGACUUCUUCAGCAGCCCUGCUCAAGGAGGUAGCUGCAAGAGCUGCAGGCAGUCUGUUGGCAGAGAAGAAAAAGUCACUGGUUGCGGACGAUCCCCUGCAGCUUUCAGACAUGAAGCAAGAGAAAGUAACUCCACCACAGUCCUUGGAAUUAUUGUUACUCCCGGCCCCUAAAGGAAGGGCUUCUAGAAACACCAAUCCAGCCUCAGAAGAAGAAGGUGGGAAACCUUUCCAGUGCCCAAUCUGUGGCCUGGUUAUAAAAAGGAAGAGCUACUGGAAACGACACAUGGUGAUUCAUACAGGCUUAAAAAGUCAUCAGUGCCCUUUGUGUCCAUUUCGCUGUGCACGCAAGGACAAUCUCAAAUCACACAUGAAGGUUCACCAACACCAGGAUCGUGGAGAGACCUUUCAGUGCCAGCUUUGCCCAUUUACCUCCUCUCGCCACUUCAGCCUGAAACUCCACAUGCGUUGCCAUCAACACUUUCUGAGGACAGAAGCCAAAGUGAAGGAAGAGAUCCAAGAAACGGAUGUCAAGGUGUCAUCACAGCUAAAUGAUGACUCCAGAAUGGGACAGCAGAUGGAGGGGGCAGCUGACCAUGCAGGGACUGCUGCUGCACUGAGAACACCUGAGAAAACUGGACAAACAGGUGCUGCCAUCCCACCUCUGCUGGUAAAAGAAGAGCCCAAAGAUGAUCACAUCACCUCCUCCCCAUCCUUUGCUCUCAGUGUGGUUGAUAGAAUUGCCAACAAUGCAAAGCUAAAAGACUCCAUUGAUUUUGUGACCAAUACAGCGUCAGCACUUUUCAGCCAGGACAUCUCUGUCAAAAUGGCAUCAGAUUUUCUCAUGAAGCUCUCAGCUGCAAAUCAAAAAGAACCUUUGACUCCUAUAUUUAAAGUGAAAGAUGAACCUAAGGAUGAAGAAAAUACAAGUUCCUCUUUGCCUAAGCCCAGCUUCGUUUUCAGCCAUGAACCUGAAACCUCUGCCCCAAGUAUCCCUGAGGAGAAUCUCAAACCACAGGAAGUGCCAGCAAAUGUAUUACGACAGGACAUGUCAGUCAAAGCAGCAUCUGAACUUCUUAUGAAACUAUCAGCUGAAAGUUACAAGGAAUCACAGGCAGUAAAGAUUAAAGAAGAGCCAAUGGAAGUUGAUAUUCAUGAUUCCCAAUCCUCCGCUUCACCCAGCCAAAACAUCAGUUAUAGCACUUUACUCAGGCAAGAGAUAUCUGAACAUAUACAAAAGAUACCAGAAGGCCGAGUACUCCCUGAGAGAAAUCUCUUCAGCCAAGAUAUAUCAGUGAAGAUGGCUUCCGAGCUGCUUUUUCAGUUGUCAGAAAAGGUAAGCAAAGAACACAAUCACUCUAAAGAUAACACCAUCACAGCUACAACUAGCCCUUUUUUCCCUGAAGAUACAGUUAGACAAUCACCGUUCACUUCUAACUCAAAAGACCUCCUAUCGAAUGAGACUGCUGUUCAUGGAAGGACACCAGUACCGGAAACAGAGAAGAUAGGGCUGGAGGCUGGAAAUGGGUUGCCAUCUCAGAAAUUCAAUGACCAGCUCUUUCCCUGUGAUGUGUGUGGAAAAGUGUUUGGCCGACAGCAGACGUUGUCCCGACAUCUCUCCCUGCACACAGAAGAGAGAAAAUACAAAUGCCAUUUGUGCCCCUAUGCUGCUAAGUGCCGUGCUAACCUGAACCAGCACCUGACUGUCCAUUCCGUGAAGCUGGUGAGUACAGACACUGAGGACAUUGUCAGCGCUGUCACUUCCGAAGGCAGUGAUGGAAAGAAGCACCCUUAUUACUACAGUUGUCAUGUGUGUGGAUUUGAAACCGAGAUGAAUGUCCAGUUUGUCAGUCAUAUGUCGCUUCAUGUGGAUAAAGAACAGUGGAUGUUUUCUAUUUGCUGCACAGCCUGUGAUUUUGUUACCAUGGAGGAGUCAGAGAUGAAGGCUCACGUCACCACCAAGCAUGCAGGUGAAGAGAGGAAGACACCCAGUGACUCAAACAGUCCUUCUUCUUCCUCCCUGUCAGCACUUAGUGAUUCUGCCAACAGCAAAGAAGAUGUCGAGAUCAGCCCCAAACCCAAGAGUUCAAACAACCUGUUAGUUAUUUCUGUAGUGCCUGGUAGCCAGACCUUAUUAAGCACGGAAGAGAAGUCAGAAAAAGGUUUUGAAUGUGUUUUCUGUAACUUUGUCUGCAAAACAAAAAACAUGUUUGAGCGCCAUUUGCAAAUCCACCUGAUCACACGGAUGUUUGAAUGUGAUGUGUGCCACAAGUUCAUGAAGACUCCUGAGCAAUUACUGGAGCACAAGAAAUGCCACACUGUCCCCACUGGUGGGCUCAAGUGCCCAUUCUGUAUUUACUCCACAAACCGUCCAGCAGCAAUGGAAUGCCAUUUGAAGACCCACUAUAAAAUGGAGUACAAGUGCCGGAUCUGCCAGGCAGUGAAAGCCAAUCAGCUGGAGCUGGAAAUGCACAUCCGGGAGCAUCGCCUUGGCAACCAUUACAAAUGUGACCAGUGUGGCUAUCUUUCAAAGACAGCCAACAAGCUGAUAGAGCACGUGCGUGUACACACUGGGGAGCGCCCUUUUCACUGUGACCAGUGCAGCUACAGCUGCAAACGCAAAGACAAUCUCAACCUGCACAAGAAGCUCAAGCAUGCUCCGCGCCAGACUUUCAGCUGCGAAGAGUGCCUCUUCAAGACCACCCACCCAUUUGUCUUCAGCCGCCACGUGAAGAAACACCAAAAUGGGGACUACUCCGAAGAGGAGAAGAAGGGCCAGGGGGCCAGCUCCAAGGAAGCGAGUCCUCUUCUUGCUGCCAACAGUUCCCGAAGCCUCUUAUCGCCUCUCUCAGUGAUGUCAGCUUCCCAGGCUCUGCAGACAGUGGCCAUGUCGGCUGCUCACGGCGGAGGGGCCGAGUCAAAUGUGGCACUUAAGGCCUUGGCCGUCAAUGGCACUUCCCUGUGUUUUGACAAGUAUCGAAACUCUGAGUUUGCCCACCUCAUUCCCUUAACCAUGUUUUUCCCCAAGAACCACUUUGAUACCACAUUCCAUCCACCCAGGCCACAGACUGUAUGUCUGGGUGACUGUUCGCCGAAGCACUCCUUCCUUGCCUACCUAGGACUAACUGAAAGGGCAGAAACUGUCUGAAGACAGCCACAUUCUGUACCAAAAAUAUUCCCCCUCCCACAACAGACAUCCAGCAGGUAUAUGCAUUGCUCUAAACCAUG